AUGCAUGCAGAGAAGAUUCCAAAACGAGACACUAUAAUUCAUACAGCGCAUAAAGGUGCAGUCAACCUCGUGUGUUCCUCACUUCUGUUCCAGUCUUCUAUCUCUUUACCACAAUCAAGCAAAAGAAGCAAUAGAGAAGGUGUCUUGGCUGUCUUAAGGCAAUACAAGAUGUGGAUGAUGGAAUGUAAUGAUAGUGGAGAGUUCAAUAGCAUUCAAAGUUCGUUUAAUGGUCGAAAAUUCCGGUCCCUUGUGCCAAAACAAGUCUCUGCUGCUGCUACAAGCCCUCGUUCUUUAACCCUCUUGAAUCAAGGCACUGAUCUUGUUGUAAAUCACCAUCUUGCAGCAAUGACUGAGCAAAGUAAGAGGGAGUUCAGCACGCAGCAGUUCGUAGUGAGCUCUCGCUGGAAUCCCGCGCCGGAACAACUUCAAACCCUCGAAGAACUGUAUCGAAGGGGAACCCGAACUCCGACAGCAGAACAAAUUCAGCUCAUAACUGCACAGCUUCGGCAAUAUGGCAAGAUUGAAGGGAAGAAUGUCUUUUACUGGUUUCAAAAUCAUAAGUCCAGAGAGAGGCAAAAACGCCGGCGUCAGAUUGAAUCAAUAUCCGAAGAACAGCCCCAUAAUAACAGUGAAAGGAAAGAAUCAGGAGCAAAUAGGACAUUAUGUGAAGUUGAAAAGACAAAAAACUGGGCAUCUCCUACAGACUCUAGUACCAUUGCAGAGGCAGAAAAAGCAGCAGUUGCAGAACGUAAAUUAGAUGGAUGGUUACAGUUCGAGGAGACAGAAUUGCAGCAAAGGAGGAACCUUGUAGAAAGGAAAAACAGUCUGCAAAUCAUGAAUUUGUCUUGUUCAUCCUCUCACACUAAGCUAAUAAACUCCACUCUUACAGCAAUGGAUCCAAACGACCUGAAGCUUCAAGAUUUUAACGUCUUAACCCGCAAGAUCCCAUGGAGUGAUUCUGUGGUGCACGAGCCUUGUAACACGCAAUGUUUUGACAAUUGUAGGGAAUCCCAAACCCUUCAAUUGUUUCCGCUUAGAAGCUGUCAUGAAAAUGAAGGUAUUUUCGACAAGGACGUAGACGUUUCAACUGCAGCCAUAAGUUCUGAUUUCAGUUCUCAAUACCAAUUUUAUGAGUUCCUUCCUUUGAAGAAUUAA